CCAGAGCAAUAUACAAGAACAUCCAUCAGAAACCGCUAACAUCCAACAAUCCACCAUCGCCACCACCACGAACCACAUGAGCCUGAACAAGAUCAAGAAGCGGGACGCGAGCGACUUAUGACUGAUGCGCUCCAAGGGCAACGUCGGCGUCGGCGUUGGGGUCAACGUCGGCGUCGCCGUUGGCAGCGGCAGCCGAUACAAGGUGACUGCCCGCUGCGUCCCAGAAGUGAGCAUCACGUCGCCGACGACUGCAACCGGCGCCAUCCAGCCCAAGCACUUUGCCCUGCUCCGCAGUCGUUCGCAACCGUCGCCGCCGACGUCUAACAGCCUUUUCUCCACGCCAGGCGGCGCUACUCUGGUCGAAGAGGAGGAUUUCAGCUUGGCCAGCGGCAGUGGUACAGCGGCCAAAAACAUACUACAGCGCCAGCAGGCCACCACCGUCCAGCAGGAGGAUCCAGAUCUGGAGCAUUCCGUGCAGGACCAACACAGCAAGUUGCCUGAGCCGGCGGAACAGCCCAAUGAGCUGACUCCGCUGGUCGAGGAACCCGGUUCCGUUGCGCCAACCACUUCUAGUCAUCGCUAUAGCCACAACUCGAAAACCACUCGCUCCUGGCCAGUCAUCUACCGUAAUCCUCAUCACUGCGACUACGAGGCCUUGUACGUGCAACAGCAGCAACAGCAACAGCAGAGCUUCAAGCAGAACUGCUACUCCAAUCAGUUCAAGCAGUCCAUCGUCUACUCCAGCAGCAAUGAGGAGUUGCCCGGCGGAGAGCCGGUAGCUUCGAGUUCCGCUGAGAACCGACAGACCACGUGCUACUACUUUGCACCCAGCAGGCACAACAGCAUUUAUGAACACCCUUCCUCGGUGGUCGGGGGAUCCCUGCAGUUUGAUAAUCCAACCACCACAGCAGCAGCAGCGGCGGCCGUCGAGAGUUUAAGGCGGAGCAACAGCAUCCUGCUGCGUCAGAACAGCUGCGCCAAGGUUAUCCAACGUCGGGGCAGCGGUAGCGGUUCACCCACCUCCCUGGGCUCCCAGAUGGAGGGAAUGGGCAUGGGCGGAGGAGGUGCUGGCAGCGCCUGCUGCUCCAGCUGCUGCAUGGGUCCACCGCCGGUGCUCUUCCUAUUUGUCACCCUGCUGAUGACCACCAGCGCCACAGCCAUGUUGUGCGCCGCCAUUAUGACCGACCACUGGGAGCAUGUCACGUGGGACCGCAACAGCCUCGAUCGUUACUCCAAUCGGUCGGGAUUGCACCUGGAGUGGCUACUUGACGACCAGGUGGCCAUGCUCAAGCCGGACAAGAGGGCCGAUCAUCGCUUCCGGCGCGAUUCUGUGUUCCUAGUACCCAUGCAUGGUGGCAUAUGGACGCUGUGCAUUGAUCUGCCCAUUCAGCAGCUGCAAGAACUGCGGCGCAAUCCCAAGUUUCCUCGGGGUGCUCCACCCUGUGUCAACUACUUGGCUGGCUCGAUGGAGAACGCCCGCGGCGAGGAGCAACGUAACGACUGGCAGCACAGUGAGUCACAGGUCACUCUGCAGCCGCAUCUGAGAAUGCAAAAUCUCUCCAUAUCCUGCUCAUUGGUCUGCCUCAUUAUCUUGGGCAGUGCUGCUCUCGUGGGAGCCUUUGGCGUUUGCCAGCGCCAAAUUAGUGCCAUUCUGAUCACAGGGGUGAUGUAUCUCCUGGCGGCUCUCUUCGCCCUCUUUACACUGAUGAUCAUCCACUUUAAACGGCAGCAGGGACGUCCAAUGCUGGACAGCGACUACGAUGGAACUGUGGAUGGGAUAGUGGCGCGACCGGGAGGCGUGGCUAUCAUGGCUAAGCCGCUUCUGGGAGCACGCAUCUUCCUGACCUCGUGGAGUCUAGACCUGGGCUGGGGCGGGGUGGUGCUUUGCGCCAUAACCUCGGUACUGUGGAUUCUGCUCUCCAAGAUCAUGCGAUACAACCCAUUCUCAGCGCUCAUGAUUUAGCUAAACGCCUUGCCGCUCGGCGUCUACGGAGCCAGCUACGGAAGUCUGGGCAGCUGCGAAAGCUACGGCAGCUAUGGAAGCACCCACACCCACAGCGGCACCAGUAGUGGCGGCAGCUCCAGUUUCCUCCUGGCAGCGGUCUCGUCGACGCGGCAAGCGGAGCACCGGGGCAAGGGAAAAUACAUCCUAUAGACAAAGCCCUGACCCGUUCUCACUAACUAACUUACCGGAUUUUCACUCUUACUUAACUUAUUUGGGAUAAGCUUCCGAGGGUAGUAAACUUUUGGAUUUUGGAAGACUGAUUCGUCUUUUUUAUAGUUUAAGUUUAAAAUCAUUGAGUUCUUUAUAAUAUAAAGACAUUUCAUACAGGUUCAAGUAUUUAGAAACUUUAAAACCAUAAGUGAACGCCUUCGGAAGUUCACCCCCUUAUCCCUAUGUAAAACCCAUAUUAGUUAGCUAUGUUGGAAAUGUACCAAACUAAAAAACUCAAUUGCCUUGUUCUUUAUAUAUAUACACACACACAACUUAUACAACUUAAACUUAUACUUAUUCUUAUUGUACGGUGUACUUAACUUAACUUACUAUAACUUAACCCAAUUGUAAAUUCAAUUUACACUCUCUCUUUACAAGUAAACCUUUUUGUAUACAUUCGAUUUGACUCAAAUUCUACACGACUCUAAGACACCCCACUUAACCCUAGCUAAAAUGUGAGACAUUUAUUUACACGAGACGAGCGAAAUGGGAAUCGGAAUUCCCCUCAGAGGCUUUGGCUUUAAAGUGCUUUCUAGUAACAGUUCGCCUGCAUAGCGUUAAUCCAGCCCCAAAACUUGUUAAUUGGGUGUGACAGCAGUUGCUUAAAAUUAGACAAACUAACUGGAAGCUGACCGAAAAUCAGGUAGAAAAAAGAAUAGUUCUGCUUGCGAUAUUCAUAAAACAGUUGGCUUGGAGAGGAUCAAACCAUGAGAUGGUGCCUCAGCUGAAGUUUAGGUUCCCCUAUUCAUUACCCUCCCCCAUCCAGUUGGUUUAGUAGAAUUUUAGGGCUUGUCAUGAACAGCAUAAAGAAUUGUAGAACGAGUACUUAUAGAGCUCCAGGGGUACAGCUGAACGCAAAGCAUAAUGUAAUGAGAUCAUUUAGUGCUUUAGAACAAAUGGUUUACAAAACGUAUUGUACUUGUAUAGAAGCCACCACAAACCAAACAAAAUGCUAAAGGUAUAAAAAAUGUAUUUUUAUGCAAACGCUUUGCCUUAAAACCAAAA